ACUCACUUGGAUCUAAGCUGCUGAAGAUGGAAUCUUACUUGAACAGACCACCUACUAUUGUCAGGUGCACUGCUCAAAAGAAAAGCAUAAAUCAAAACUCUGAAGAAUCAAAGGAAAUCAAGAAUUCACCAGUAAUAUCCUUUUCACCACUCAAAGACAAAAUAGUACAAAAUACCUCUGAAAUAGAUAACCAUCCAGAAAAACAGAUAACACCUUUUGCAACCUCAACAGAACUAAAUACAUGCAACAGUAUUCCUUAUCCUUCAAACAGAACAGACAAAACUUUGCCAUGUGAGGCUAUUGUAAAGGGCAGACAGACACAAAGACCAAUGUCAAGUUACCAUAAGCCUGUUUGUCGUACAAAUUGUGUUGACAGGUUGAAGCAAAGUAACAAGGCAUCUCUAGCAAGAGCAAAAUCAAAUCCAUGCAAUUUGAUGAAACAUGAAAGAGAACUAAAUAAUCAUAGUCCAACAUGUUUGGAAACAAAAUCUAAUACUUCUUAUUUUAAAUAUGACUGUAAGAUUAAGGAGCCUGUUGUAUCAGGAUUAGAAAGGCGAAAUAGUGAACCAUAUGGAGAAGAGAAAUACGUUGCAUUGUGGGAAUCACAAACAAAACUUAUUCAUGGUGAUGGAAACAACAAGGUGGGGGUAAGUCCAUUACCAUCUUGUCCACUGCCAGAGCAUUUAUGGGUAAAAUUUUCAGAAGAUCCCUACUUUAGUUCACUUUCUCCAGUUGAAGAUUAUCCAGAGGUUAGAAAUGCUCCAACCAUAAACUAUCCUUUUGGGACUGGAGGACAUUCCAUUGCAGAAGGGGAACAAACUCAAGAAAGUCAUGUAUCUUCUGCACAGACCCAAUCAUUUUCUAAUAAUCAGUGUGUGAACUUUUGUUCAUCUGAAGAAAAUACAUCAUUAAACAAUGCUGAGGAAGAUGAUGCACCCCCACUGCCAGAGAGAACCCCAGAAUCAUUUCUCUUAGCUAGUGAAACUGAUGUACAACAGCCAGAUUCACAAAACCAGCUUUCAUCAGUAACAUCAAAAAUUGGAUUGUCAUCUGAAUGGUGUGGAACAUCUCAUUCAAACAAUUUCGCAGACAGUAGGAAACUGAAGGAAAGAAGUAAGAGUUUAAAAGUAAGAUCAACUUCAAGGAUAGAACGUUCAGAUUCUCCACCUCCACCACCACUUCCUGAGAGGACACCAGAAUCAUACAUUCUUGCUAGUGAUGACAGUUCUCAGACUGGAAAUGCUGAAAACAGGCCAACAAGCCAGCCUGUUGCAGGUGCAGCAGUCAGUGAAAAAAGUUCUUCCAAGAUUUUUGAACCAGUUAAACGAAUGGCAAGAAGUAAGAGUCUAAAAAUCUUAAAGAAUGUAAAAAAGGGUCCAACUACUGAAGAAACAGAUUCUGAAACAACACAAGGCAGUCAUUCAAGUUCUUUUUCAUUCUUUGGAUUUGGAAAUCGUUUUUCUAAACCCAAAGGACCACGAAAGCCUCCAGUAACCUGGGACGUCUGAAAUAUUUAUAACUCGAUGGCUAUUUAUGGAAAUGUAGUUUUAUUGUAGAAAUGUUUCUGAAUGUAUUAUUAUGUUUCCACACAGUGCAUAUAUAAUACAAGGUUAUACUUACAUAACAACACUCAGAAACUUUUGCUAAGAAUGUAGUCUCUGCAUGUCUUUGACAUUGUAUGAAAACACCACAAUAGCAGGUCAAUGAUGUUGAAGAAAAAAUGUUCACUUUUUAACGGUAGUAUAAUACAAGUUCUUUCAACUGAAAAUGGAUACAAAAAGUGCACAGUUGUAUUAGUACUGAGAAAAUGAGUGUGCCUAUUUUUUUUUUUUUUUUUUUUUGUAGUGAGAAUAUGGCCAGCUGAGUCCAUUUCACUGCAGCUAUGUUUGUAUAAAUAUGUUUGAUUCAAUUAAUGUAUUUAAUGCAUAAAAUAACUGAAUAUUUUCAUAAAAUGCUUUAAAGAGCUACAUAUAUGGCUUCUUUGUAGACCAGGGAAUAUCUUUUAGAAACAAUAAUGUUGUUUCAGAAGUGCUGGUCACCAUUCAGUAAGUAAAGAAAUGUGCAAUGUUAUUAUAUUGCCAGAUGUAUAAAAUGUAUGUUUAUAAAUGUGUGGGUGGCCAAAUAAAAUCAUAAAAAUGUCUUCAUUGAUUUGUGCUAUAUUUUCAGUCAUGAUCAAGUCAAACAAGAACUUCUAAAAGUUUUAGGCUUGAAGAAGUAAUCAGAGAGCAUAACAAAUUAGGUCUGGCAACAAACAAAGU